AGCUACCUUCUCACCUGAGCACAGACUUCACGUGUGACUCCUGCCUUUCAUCUUCCCGACUCCACUCAUUUCUGAAGUCUCGUUCGCUCCUGAGAGAGUGAGUCAGAAGAGACCUCAGGAGCAGACAGCGUGGGCCAUGGCUUCCGACCUGGACUUCUCGCCUCCUGAGGUGCCUGAGCCCACUUUCCUGGAGAACCUGCUGCGGUACGGACUCUUCCUGGGGGCCAUCUUCCAGCUCAUCUGUGUGCUAGCCAUCAUUGUACCCAUUCCCAAGUCCCACGAUGCGGAGGCAGAACCAGCUGAGCCCAGAAGUGCUGAGGUGACUAGGAAGCCCAAGGCUACGGUUCCUUCUGCCAACAAGAGGCCCAAGAAGGAGACCAAGAAGAAGCGGUAGAAGAGGAGGCCUGGGGAGCCAGUGGGCGGGGUGGGGCCUUGGGGGCUGCCCUCCUGGGAACCAGCAUCCUGUUUCCCUCUCCAUCCCAGGCCUGGAGUCUGAGAUGGCUGCAGUGCCCUCUGAACACAAAGAUUCUGACAGUCAUGACAGUCCCCAGGCUCCAGCUGGGCUGACCACCACUUCCUCUUCCUUCUGCUUCUGUUUAGAGUCAAGGGGACUGAAAUACACUGUGAGCGGAGGCUGUAUUGGGAGUUUUGUUCCAAAGUCCAGUCUGCUCGCAGAGUCAUGUUUUCUUAUCAUGGCAGCCAGCCUUCAGUCCAGCCCCUGGUGGGCUUGCACUACGUCUUGGAGUCAUCUGAUGCUGACCAGCACCCUCUCCUAUUAUGUGUAUGCCGCAGAUCUCCUGCUAAUCAGUCACUGUUGCCUCUGCUGUGUGGACAGAGCCAGGCCUUGCCUAUUCGUUGGGGCCACAAUGCUGGGGCCAUGCAGUGCUAGUGAUCUCACCAGCUGCGACAGCUAGGGCCAGGAAACAGCUGGCGUGAGAGCCAGCACAAGGCCUGAGCCAAGAUAAUGCCUGAUUCUCUUCCAGCAGGUGGAAGGGAAUGACUGAACGAGUGUAUAUUUCUUGGACACAAAUUUUCUGAGCCUCUGAAACAGGAGGCUUGCCAAUUUCAGACCACCUCUUUUCACCCCAUCUAGCACCUUUCAGGGUGUGCCUUUUGACUUCUACCCAAGCAUCCCCUGCCCUUCAAUUCCUUCAUCCCUGACAAGUGAGGAAAGUUAACUGGGUGAAGUGAAGGUUAAUAAACAGUCCCACAUGCUGAA